AUGAAAACUUUUUUCGAAGAAGCGACUCAGAAAAAAGGAGAAGCACGGAGGCAAAAGGCAAGCGACCAGGUCAGCGCCCGCGCCAUGAGCAAGCAAAACGAGGAGCAAGAUCAAACCAUUAAACCGCUUGACCCUGAUAUUCCAAACUAUAGACUCCGAAAUGAUAGAGGGAUUACUGACGACUAUGAAGUCAAGGAAAAAAAAAGAACCACAAUGAUCAAAUAUCAUAUGAAGGAUUUAAAUCUUUUUUGA